CCACCACAACAGCAACAACAACCACAAGCAGAUAAAAUAUUACAAUAUUGACUACAGCAACAACAUUGACCCGGGCGGGGUGGGGGACAGCAGAUUUAACGACAGCGGGCAGCUGAGGGAGCUGCAACGUGACCGACAACCACCACCCACCACAGCAACUCCACCAACAAGCGGAGCGGCGGCUCUGACUGGGCAACAACGCGGCUCUUGUCCGCCAGGGGUCAUGGACAAGAGGAUGCUGCUGAUGUUGGAGCAGGGAGACUCUGCCUCCCUGCAGAAGGAGCUGGAGGCGCUGCCCAAUGGAGAGCUGGAGGAACUAAUCAAGCGGCAUGCAGUCAGGGGCGAAGGUGACCUCAACGCCCUGCUCAGGGCCAUUUUCCUCGGCUCCCCGUGCCACAGCGGUGAUGGGGUUGAGCGUCGGCUGAAGACGUACACGUGCUGCGCAAAGCUGGCCGAGUCUGGGGACAUGGAGAACUAUGUGGCGGUCAACAUGAUGGGGCUGCUCAUGAUGGAGACGGAUUACUUGCCUGGAAGUUGCCUGGCCAAGUUGGCCUCCAUGUACGUGGACUCGAUUAAGAGCGGCCGCGUGAUGAACGGCAGAUCCCUUGAUCUGCUUCCCAACAUCCUAAGCUCUCUGGGCUCCAGGGAGAAAAUCACUUACGGUGAAGGACAGCUUAGUGGCAUGGAAUACAAAAAACAGAUCAUCAACACAUUGUGUUCCAGCAGGUGGGACUCUCAGUGUGUGAUCCAUCUGACUUCUAUGUUCAGGGACGUGCCGCUGAGUCAGGAGGAGCUGCAGUUUGUCAUGGAGAAGGUAUUGCGGCUGCUGCCCAGUCUGGAGCUGCAGGAGCUGCCUCCCCUCGUUUACCAGCUGCUCCUCCUUGCUCCCAAGAGCCAUAAGAAGCUGGCGCUGGAGGGGAUUGUUUCAUUCUUCAAGGAGCAGGACCUGUUGCACAGUAACCAAAAGAGCACUGAGGAUGCCACGGAGCUGGAGGUAGCUGCCAUGUCGACGGUUCCAUUGCGUCACGUGGAGGGGACCAUCAUCCUCCACAUCGUCUUUGCUGUCAAGCUGGACCAGGACCUGGGCAGAGAGUUCAUCAAGACCCUCAAGGUCGGACAGCUGGGCGAUGUGGGCCGAGUGCUGUGUCCGUUCAACGUCGCACUCACACUCUCGCUGGCGAGGAUUCACCGAUUGGAGGAACAGGUGUUUGAGAUGAUGAAGGUGGCUAUCUUGAAGAGCUUCAGGGACCAGCAGAUGCAGCAGAGCUCGGCGCUCAUCAAGGACCUGGUGUCGUCGCAGGUGUGGUGCGUGUCCGACGUCAUCCUCGAGACCAUCCAAAACAGCGGCUGGGACCACAUAUCGCAGGGCUUGGUGCAGCUCGGCUUCACGCUCAUGGACUCAUUUGGGCCCAAGGCGGGACCCGGCGGCAAGGUGGCGGAGACGGGCGCCGGCGUGUCUCGGACGCCGGCGCAGCAAGCCUGCAGCCUGGGGGCACGCGUCCUCCUCGAGACGUUCAAGGCUCAUGACCUCGUGAGACGUGAGAUCCUGGAGCAGCUUCUCAACAGAGUCGUUACUAAAGCCACCGUGCCAAUCACACACUAUUUAGAGCUGCUGUCAGACAUGGUGACGUCGGCCCCGCUCAACCUGCUGGAGUGUCUGCCCAAGGUGCAGGAGGCGUUUGAUUAUUUGUCAGUCCUGCCGUCUCCCGUCACGAAGGGCCUGCUGCAGGCCAUACUGCCCCUUCUCAGGGUGCGCAUCAACCUCAAGGACUCGCUGAUCCUCGCACUGCGCAAGGGUAUGUUCUCCAGCCAGCUGGAAGCCAGAAAAUCAUCUGUUAUCGGAUAUCUCCUGCUGCUCAAGAACUUCAAAGUGCUGGGCAGCCUAGCAUCAAGCCAAACAUUGAGCAGUCAGGGUUUUUCCGCUAGCCAGGUGAAAGUGGAGGUGCACGCACGCCUCAACCCUGCCGCCAACGAGGCCCUGUGCCUGGAGAUCCUGGGCAGCCUGCGCCGCUGCCUGAUCCAGCAGGCCGAUGUGCGCCUGCUGUUCUAUGAAGGUCUCUAUGAUGUGCUGCGGAGAAACUCGAAGCUGGGGAGCACCAUCCUACAGAUGUUGCUGGUACAGCUGAAGCGGUGCUACGAGGCAGGCGACGUCCUGCCGCCCGUACGUCUGGAUGGCUGCAUCACGGCACAGGGCGAGCAGGUCUUCCUCCAGGAGCCGCUGGGCCACCUCCUCUGCUGCACUGUGCACUGUGUGAUGAAGUGGCGUGAAAUCAAGGCUCAGACAGUUGGCGAUGAUGAGGAUGACGAGGACGAUGAUGACGAUGGGGGCGGUGAGGGCAGCAGUGAAUACGCAGGGGAGGGCGCACAGAGCUGUCAACGGCAGCUGGAGACAAUGCUGGAGUCCAUGACACGGAGGAUGAUCAAGAGUGACCUGGACGACUUUGAAUUGGACAAGUCGGCAGAUUUUUCGCUGACGACCAGCGUAGGGGUGAAGAACAACAUCUAUGUCAUCUUGGUAAUGGGCAUGUAUGAGGUGCUCAUGGAGUACAGCUUCAUCAUGGGCGAUCCCAGCCGCCAAAAGGUGGAACAGGUGCUGGGGUUGUUUCAGCGCUACCAUAAGCUGGUGGAAAUUCUGCGCGAGAAGAGUGCAAAGGGCAAGGGCGGCGCUACGAGCAAGACGCCACGCAGCCUGCUAUCGCUGCGCUGCAUUGAUCUCCUGCUCUCCGCGCUCUACUGCGACGAGAGCUCCGACCACGAGGCAAUGCUGGCGCCGUUGCGUGGCAGCGUGGAGUUCCAGCGCUACGUGCUGGCGGUGGUGCAGCAGAAGGUGCAGCAGGCGGAGGAGAUUGGCCACGUGGACGGCCCCGACGGACAGGACCCCGACAAGGUGCUGCGUCACCUGGUCUCCAUCGCCCGGGCGCUGUUGCGGAAGUGCUUCUCUGUGGCGGUGCCCACGAAUGACUCGUCGGUGGUAUCGUCGGGGGUGGUGGAGUCCGUGGCCAAGAAGGACAAGCACAAGGGGAUUCCGCUGCUGUGCCUGGACGUGCUGCAGCGCGUCAUCACCGCCGUGAACACACGCUUCUCCCACAAGAAGGAGAGCCUAUACGCCGCGCUCGAUCUAUCCCGUGAAGAUCCAGAGGAUGCAGACAACGUUAUCAUUGCGGAAAGAGCUGCGUUUCACAUGAGGCAGUUCCAGCGGAGUGUGGUUGGGCAGCUGUCGGGAGGUGAGGAAGAUCUGAACAUGAAGGAGCUCCAUGGGCUAGUGAGCCUUCUGCUGGCGCUAAGCAAGGAGCUGCAGCCAGGCUCUACCGAGUUUGAACAGUGCUUGAACUGGACAACCAAAAUUUGCAAGGAGAGCAAAAUUGAGGACCUGCUGCUGUGCAAAAUGCUGAUGAACCUGCUCUUCAGCCUGCACUUGGCCCACAAGGGGCCUCGCUCACUGCUCAAGGAUCUGGCGCAGGACAUUCACAGCCAGCUGGGCGACAUAGACGAGGAUGUGCAGGUGGAAAACCAGUCCAUUUAUGCCAUCGUGAAUUCCAAGACUGCUCCUUCAGUAACUCUGGUGGUGCUGUCUCAUGCAGAGCACAUGCUGGAGGACGUGGAAUGGCUCAUUGCCCGGCUCAGGGGGGAGCUGGCGUAUGCCAAGCCGGUGACCUCCGAGGAGGGCACGCAGGAUCUGGGUCCCCGGCAGGCGCAGGAGAGGGCGGCCGCCGUGCAGCUGGGAGCGCUGGUCACCUGCUGCCACGAGUUGGUGCAGGCGGCGCUGCCUGCGGGCAGCUGCUCCACCAACCUGCUCAAGCUGCUCACCAAGAUGUACAGUGUGCUGGCUUCCAUCACCAAAUACUAUUUACAGGUGUAUACGCAGAAUAUAGGGGACCUGCCAGGGAGGUUUGAAAAGUUGGUGAAACUGUCAGGAUCCCAUCUUACUCCUCAGUGCUACGCAAUGAUCACCUACAUUCAGAGCGUGCAGAGUGAUAGCCUCAACCACAGCUCGGACAAGAAGAGCAAGCGCGGGGCAGCGGCCUUAGCCAGCGCCGCCAAGGCUAAAGUUCUGCGGGAAACACGGCCGAUCCCAAACCUAAUCUUCUAUAUCGAGCAGUACGAGUGUUUCCUCAUCCAGCUCUCAAAGAAAUCCAAGGUGAACCUGAUGGAGGGGAUGAAGCCGAGCACGUCGCGCGACUUCCGCAUUAAUGCGGCGACGCUGAAGGAGGCGCUGGAGAACCAGGAUUCGGACAAUGAAGACGCGACGCAGAGCGGAGACGGCACACAGAGCACAACUAUUUCAGUGCAGGAAAAAUCCCAAAAGCCUCCCAACAAGAAGAGGAAGACUUAAAGUUUGUGUCUGUUCCCAGCACUUUAUAAGUUGCAGUGAUUUAGUUUUUUUUACAUACAGUAUUGCAUUGUGAUAGCGAACCAAUGGGUAUAACGCUCCCCCAUUUAUAAUGAACUUAGCUGCAGAAACGCAUCCUACUGUGUUCAUUUAUACCCGAUCCGUACAGUGAUCACGUUGUCUGUGACCCGCGUAUAACAAUCGGACGCGCCGCCGAAUAUUCAAUCGUUUUUUUACAGUGUACUAUACAGUAGACUGUACUACACAGUACACUAUACUGUGCAGUACACUUAACUGUAUAGCGAAAACAUGUACACUGCAGUACGCUUGACUGUAUAGCAAAUAUAUGUACACUGUGCGGAUAUGAUGCGUUAAUGUAGUUACUUGUUUCUUCAAAGGCCCAGUUCAAUUUGUCAUUGAGGCUGUAGAGUGAACUCUGCAAGUGGUUCGUUAUAACGAGGUAACACUGUAUAAGCAAAGUCAUUGGAGGCAAUAAAUUACUUGUAUUUACGAUGCUCACAUUCCUGCUUUGGCCUCAGAUGGUUUGUCUGAGUUUCUGCUCCUUGUCCUUGGCCUCUUUGGCUUUGGGCUUGGCGAGAGAACCAUUUGUCUUCUGUAUGAUCUCGUAAAUGUCCAGAGCUUCACCUGUACGUGGGCCAAACACAACGGUUGUACUUAGCCAUUGUCGUGAUGCCCACUAAAAAGCACAUGGUAAAAACAUAGCUUUAAAAUGUAAUGUUAAACAUGAUGUGAAACUGGAGUUCGCAAAAAUGUGUUCUUGUGUGCCACAGGUAUAGUCAACAUCCAAUUGUAAAAACAGGCAGCAUGUAAGUUAUAAAAAUCGAAUAAAUUACAUUCCAAAUGCAA